CUCCCUUCCUCUAUCUAUCUCCACCUCUGGAAUCUCCUCUCGUCGCCGCUGCCACUGCCUUCUCUGCCGCCUCUCCCGCCACAUCUCUCCGCCUCCCCUUUGGGCAUUCCCCGGGUUCCUGUGCACCUGUUGGACCCAGAGAGACAGCGCGGGCGUGUGUGCGUGUGUUUGCGUACGUGUGUCUUUGUGUGUCUGUGUGGAUGAGGGGCCGGAGGGGUGACCGGAUGACCAUCAACAUUCAGGAGCACAUGGCCAUCAACGUCUGUCCGGGACCCAUCCGGCCUAUCCGCCAGAUUUCGGACUAUUUCCCCCGGCCGGGCCCCGAGGCGGGCGGGGGCGACCCUCCGGCCCAGCUCUCCCCAGGAGCGGGGGCCACGGCGGGGCUCGCGUCCCUGGCCCUGGUCCCUGCGGGAGGACUUCGGGGAGCGGGGGCUCCGGAGGAGGGGGCCGAAGUGGACAGCUACGACUCGGAUGACACCACUACCCUGGGGACCCUGGAGUUUGACCUGCUGUACGAUCAGGCCUCCUGCACUCUGCACUGCAGCAUCCUCAGGGCCAAGGGUCUCAAACCCAUGGACUUCAACGGCCUAGCUGACCCCUAUGUCAAACUGCAUCUCCUACCAGGGGCUUGCAAGGCGAACAAGCUGAAGACCAAGACGCAGAGGAACACGCUGAACCCCGUGUGGAAUGAGGACCUGAUGUAUCGGGGCAUCACGGAUGAGGAUAUUACCCGCAAGGUGCUCAGGAUCGCGGUGUGUGACGAGGAUAAGCUGAGCCACAACGAGUUUAUUGGGGAGACCCGUGUCCCCCUGAGGCGCCUCAAACCCGCGCAGAAGAAGCAUUUCAACAUUUGCCUGGAGCGGCAGGCCCCGCUGGCCUCCCCUUCGUCCAUGUCAGCCGCCUUGCGAGGCAUUUCCUGCUACCUGAAAGAGCUGGAGCGAGCGGAGCAGGGCCAGGGCCUGCUGGAGGAGCGGGGCCGCAUCCUGCUCAGCCUGACCUACAGCUCUCAGCAGCCGCGGGGGUUGCUGGUGGGCAUCGUGCGCUGUGCCCACCUGGCAGCCAUGGACGUCAACGGCUACUCUGACCCCUACGUCAAGACGUAUCUGAGACCUGAUGUGGAGAAAAAAUCAAAGCACAAAACAGCGGUGAAGAAGAAAACCCUGAAUCCUGAAUUCAAUGAGGAGUUUUUCUAUGAGAUGGAGCUUCCAGCUCUGGCCACCAAGACCCUGGAGAUAACCGUCUGGGACUACGACAUUGGCAAAUCCAACGACUUCAUCGGCGGGGUGUCUCUAGGCCCCGGCUCCCAAGGCGAGGCGUUGAAGCACUGGGGAGAGUGUCUGCGGCGGCCGGACACGGCGUUGGAGCACUGGCACACCCUGACCAGCGAGCUGCCCCCCGCCGCCGCCUCCUACUCCGCCUGAUCGCCCGACCCGUCUCCGCCAGCCCACGCUCCUCCUUUGGCAAGGCAGUAAGAGGGGUUGCGGGGGGAUCGAAGGGACCCAUCGUCCCGUCUCCUCCUCCGAUUCUCUGGUCUCUCAGCCCUGCUCCCCGGGCUCUGAGCCUUGGCGGCCCACUGAGGCGCGGGACACGUCGGGAAGAGGGGCCGCCUUCUGCACCGAGUCGGGGGAUGCCUUCAGGAGAAAACAAGCGCUCCGUCUCUCCAGCGGUCCCCUCCUUCACAGCCCUGGGAGGUGGCGGGGUGGGGGGUCUCGGCUCCUCUAGUCGGAAAAGAAACAGAAAACCCACCCCUGUCAUCACGGAGGGAGAAACGGAAAGAGGGGACGUGAUUGUGACUAAAUUUUGCACGAGUAUGUUGCACGUUUACACGGGGGGGGGGACGCUUCCUCGCCGCCCCCCCCGACACUUCCUGUCUUAUUUCGUGAGAUUCACUUGGUUAAUGUGGGGUUGUCUUUU